AUGAUCUCCCUGCUCCGCCGCGCCCUCGCCACCCCGCCGCCGGCCGCCGCGCGGUGGCAGAGGACCCUCCUCGCGGCGCUCCUCUCCCCGCCGGCGGCCCCUCCCGGCCCCGUACGCCGCGCGCCGGCGCUCGAGCCGCCGAGGCGGGCGUUCCACGGCACGCCGAGCCCCCUGGGGUUCAGGGCUACGCCUGCCUCGUGGGCUGGGUCUGGACUGGACGCGGGCGUGGCGGCGGGGGAGGACGGCGGGCUGGAAAUCGCGAAGCUGGGGAUCUCCGGGCGGAUCGUGGAGAAGCUCGCCGCGCGGGGCAUCACCAGGCUCUUCCCCAUCCAGAGGGCUGUUCUUGAGCCAGCAAUGCAAGGAAAAGACAUGAUUGGCCGUGCUCGAACAGGAACUGGAAAGACCUUGGCUUUUGGUAUUCCUAUUAUGGACAGGAUUAUUAGCUACAAUGAGAAGAAUGGAAGCAGUAGGAAUCCUUUAGCCAUAGUCUUGGCGCCAACAAGAGAACUUGCUCGACAGGUUGAGAAGGAAUUUAGAGAAUCUGCUCCAUUGGACACUCUCUGUGUCUAUGGAGGUGUUCCUAUCAAUCAGCAAAUGAGAGUUCUUAACUAUGGUGUUGACAUAGUGGUUGGAACUCCAGGUCGAAUUAUUGAUCUUUUGAGAAGAGGUGUUUUAAACCUUUCAGAGAUCCAGUUUGUGGUUCUAGAUGAAGCUGAUCAGAUGCUGGCUGUGGGUUUUGAUGAAGAUGUUGAGGUGAUCAUGGAGCAGUUGCCACAGAACCGUCAGAGUAUGCUGUUCUCUGCAACAAUUCCUAGUUGGAUAAGAAAAAUUUCAAACAAGUACUUAAAGGAUCCAGUUAUAAUUGACCUUGUUGGUGACUCAGACCAGAAAUUGCCAGAAGGAAUCUCUCUCUAUUCCAUUGCCUCUGACAACUUUGGGAAGCCAUCAAUUCUUGGUCCAUUGAUUAAAGAGCAUGCUAAUGGUGGAAAAUGCAUUGUGUUUACUCAAACUAAACGAGAAGCGGAUAGAUUGGCAUAUGUUAUGGGCAGGAGUUAUCCAUGUCAGGCGCUACAUGGGGAUAUUUCACAGAAUCAAAGAGAGAGGACACUCUCAGGAUUUCGUGAUGGCCGCUUCAAUAUCCUUGUGGCAACUGAUGUUGCAGCUCGUGGAUUAGACAUUCCCAAUGUUGAUCUGGUGGUACAUUAUGAGAUUCCAAAUACCUCAGAGUUGUUUGUUCACAGAUCUGGGAGAACUGCACGGGCGGGGAAGAAAGGCAGUGCAAUUUUGAUAUACACAUAUGAACAAACUAGAGCUGUAAGGGUCAUUGAGCAAGAUAUAGGAUGCAGGUUCACAGAGCUUCCAAAGAUGCCAGUUGCAGAUGAGGCUGCAGACAUGUUUAAUGUCAUGAGAGAUACUCGCUCUAGAUCAGUUGGAAGCAGAAGAACGGGUGGGUCUUUUGGCCGUGAAAGUUUUGGUGGCUUUGGAGAUCGCCGCUCCAGUGGGUCUGGUGAUUUUGACAGUAUUGGUGGUUCCUUUGAUCGCGGUGGUGGGUUCCGUGACUCUGGUUCGAGAAACCGUGGUGGUUCUGGAGGUUUCAGACGACCUUCCAAUGAGUUUGGCAGGUCUAGUUUCAGUCAUUCUGAUAGAUUUGGCGACUUUGGACAAGGGGAUUUCAGCAGGCGUGGCAGCCCUGACUUUGGCCGUUCCCGGAGCUCUGAUGAUUCAGGCUCCUCACGUUAUGGGAGACAAUCCGGUGGCUUUGGCACUUCAGAUUUCGGCAGCUUCAAGGAUUCCAAGCGAUGAGUGGUAGUGUUUUUCUUGUACAGUUCUGAACCUUUUCUAACUCCUGUUGUUCCUUCCAUGCCUGAGAGAACAAGACACCGCUUUGUUGCGCUUGUCGCCUAAUCACGAGUAGUUUGGUUGUGUAGGGUUUGUUCCAGAACAAAUGAUGUAUCUGUAAUUUGUGUAUGUGCCUAUUGCCUGCUGUAUGUUUUGAUUCCGUUUCUUUACUAAUAUUAUGAAAGAUAACAUUUUUCUCUGUUAA